AUGUCCGCUGCCAACAAAAUUCUGAACUCGGACCCUAGCGAGCUGGAGCUUAAGAUUGCCCAGGCUUUGGUUGAGCUGGAGAGCACAUCUUCUGACCUUAAGGCCGAUAUCCGUGGUCUGCAGUUCAAGUCCGCCCGUGAGAUCCCUACCGGCCAGGGCAAGUCUGCUAUUGUUAUCUUUGUUCCUGUCCCUCUGUUGUCUUACGUCCACAAGGCCCAGCAGAAGCAGCAGCGUCUCACUCGCGAGCUCGAGAAGAAGUUCUCCGACCGCCACAUCAUCUUCUUGGCUGAGCGCCGCAUCCUCCCCAAGCCCGGCCGCAAGCGCUCCAAGCAGAGCCAGAAGCGUCCUCGCUCGCGCACUCUUACCGCCGUCCACGACGCUAUUCUCGAGGACUUGGUCUACCCCACCGACAUCAUUGGCAAGCGUCUCCGCUACCAGGUCGGCGGCAACAAGCUGUACAAGAUCUUCCUUGACCCCAAGGACGCUACCGCUGUUGACUACAAGAUCGACUCUUUCCAGGUCGUCUACAACAAGCUGACCGGCAAGCAGGUCUCUUUCGAGGUUGGUUCCAAGGGCGAGGUCCACUAA